GCCCCGGAGUCUAGCAGGCCGGUACUAACGCCCGUGCUGAGCCCGAAAGGUGCCAGUCGACUCGCGCUCUCCACAGGAAACGGACGCCUAAGCGAAAUAGCCGGGACCAAUAUGCCACCACACGCGCUCCCUUAUCAUAUAUAUUAUCAUGUACUAAUCACCUUGUCCUAAACGCCCUGGUUGAAUAAUAGAUACAAUGAAACGCGACGCUUACGGCGACGAUGGUCCCAUGCAGAAGCGCCAGCGGCAAACCGACGAUGAAGUCACCUUCCUCAUACCGAGCAAGGUGGCCGGCUCAAUUAUCGGGAAAGGGGGUUCGAAUAUAUCCAAGUUGAGGAAUGAGUACAAAGCCUCUAUAACAGUCCCAGAUUGCCCCGGCCCCGAACGAGUUCUGUCCAUAACGGCGUCGGAUAUCGACACGAUUAUGGAAAUUGUAAAAGAUAUACUUCCAAAUUUGGCUGAUGGUGCUCCGAAGGGUGGCACCAGUGACGACUUGGACGUCCGCCUACUGAUACAUCAAAGCCGAGCCGGUUGUGUCAUCGGCAAGGCUGGAGCCAAGAUCAAAGAGCUGCGGGAGAAAACUGGCGCCCGGUUGAAGAUCUUUUCGAACCCCGCGCCGCAGAGCUCGGAGCGAGUCGUGCAGCUUGUGGGCAAGCCGGACGCCGUCGCAGCCGGAGUGAGGGAGGUGCUGCAUCUCAUACGGCAGGUACCGAUCAAGGGUGGUAUUCAGAAUUACGAUCCGCACAACUACGACGAUUUCUACGCCGACGAAUAUGGCGGCUUCGGCAGCGGUCAGGGACCUCGGGGUGCCGGACCUCGCGGUGGACCACCGCGCGGACCUCCCCGUGGACCCCCACCCAUGGGACCCGGCGGCAGGCCGCCCCCGCCCCGGGGAGGUCCCCCUAUGGGCCGCAACGGUCCCCCGCCACCGAGAGCGUUCAACGACUUCGCGGGUCCCGGACCUCGCGGUAACUUCAAUGGUCCGCCUCGUGGAAACUUCGGUGGAGGCGGCGGUGGCGGCGGUGGCGGAGGCUUCGGCAACAAUUUUGGAGGCAACCGCUCGUCGUCCGGUGGCAACUUUAACGGAAAUGGUGGCAACCAGCAAGAGACCACCCAAGUUACUAUUCCCAAAGACCUGGCGGGCGCCAUCAUCGGCAAGGCGGGCUCGCGCAUCCGCAAGAUCCGCGCGGAGAGCGGCGCCGGCAUCGAGAUCGCCGAGCCGCUGCCCGGCGCCGCCGACCGCAUCAUCACCAUCACCGGCACCAAGCCGCGCAUCCAGAAGGCGCAGUACCUGCUGCAGCAGAGUGUACACGAGAGCAACCCGAACCUCGGACGUGGGAAUUUUUGAUUCUAAGUAAUUGAUGAAAUAGGAUCUAAGAUAACUUAAGUCACCUCAAAUCAUUAAUAUGGAAUAGCACACUACUGUGUAUCUGAGGCUCACAUUUGUAACUGAACUUUUUACCAAUAUGAAAUAUCAAGUAAAUAAUGUUUAUAUAAUAUAAAAUAUUAAGAAGAAAUAAAAAUAAUAACAUACGAUGAGACAUUACAUCAUUCUAACUCCCUAAUAAUUAACUUGAAUUUAUAAUACAUGUCAAUCCUCGAAUUAAAACUCGGUUUUGUUUCUUCGUUCUAUACUAAUAGAAACGUUUUCAAUAACCACCUUGAUUGACAUUAUUAGGAAAGAAUAUAGAUUAUAUUCACUUUAUUGUUUUUCGAUUUUGAAAAAUAUAUCAACCUAACAAAAUAGGUAGUAACGUCCAUUAUGAAACAUCCUACUCUUGAAUCUUUUUACAAGAUAAAUAUAUGCCUAUAAAUCAUCAGAGUACUGUUUUUUAUAAUUUUUCAUAAUAUGAGGAUGUUGCGUUUUCCAAGAUUUGCUUAAGACAAAGAAAAAUUAUUCAUGUUCAAAGUACCUGCGAUUAAUAUCAGCUGAAUGGAAACAUCGGUAAUGAAAUUUCCUUUUAUUAUAAUCACAUCAAAUUAUGAAUGUGGUGGGCUGGUUGCAAUCAAUAGAAACAUCGACAUAAUCCAUAUAUAAUAUUAGUUUCGAUUUCUAUAUUAAAACACACUUAUUCUUUAAUCAUUUGCUGUUUGAUAAUAAAAUAAUAAUUCGUUUUGAUGAAUCUGUUAUUAAUAAUCUACCCUGCACAUAGAACUUACCUGCUAUUUACGGGUUUUUAAUUUAACCAGUAAAUUUUAAAAUCGUAAGAGAAUGCAUUUAUCAUUAAUAAUUAUAAAGUUAUUUAACAAAUAUUGUGUUUAAUGGUAAUGAUUUAAUUUUCUGAUGAUUUGUUACAUCGAUCUAUUUUUAAGUG